AUGCCCUCACUAGCGAACGGGUUGCGUUGCCCGGAUGCGCUCAUCACCCGGACGUUGAAUCCGCUACUCAAUGGACCGAAGUUUGCGGUAAUAUACUGUGGAAAUCACCAGUACAAAGUUGCGGUAGGCGAUGUCAUUGCGGUUCAGCGGCUUCGGGUCGAAAUAGGAAGUCAUAUUGCUCUUAAAAAGGUGCUGAUGGUAGGUGGCCCGCGCUUCACGGCUAUCGGCCGUCCUCUUCUUGAAGGUGUACGGGUAACCGCACAGGUGGAGGAGCAAAAGCGGAUGCGCAAUGUGGUUUCGUUAUUUGCCACGCCAGGUAGGCGACAUGUGCGGUGGGUGGAUGCACCUCAUGCUGCAACAGUUAUUCGCAUUUGUGAAAUAUUUUACUCUCCCAAUGUGGUUGGUGAGUUGGAUAAGUACAAGGGCGAGUUGUUGGAAACGUUUACACCAGGUCAGCACACGAACCCAGUGUACCCCGUUGAUGAUGGCUAUGACGUGUUUAGGAAGAAAGAUAAGGAGGCCAUGGAGAAUGCCACCACCUUUCUCGACCUUUUGGGUGGUGUGUGA